UUCGUGAUAAAUAGUCAGAAACCAGGGCUAAAAAACCGGUUGAUAUUACCACAAGCCUUUGAUUUACAGUAGGUGUUUUGGGUUCUUUUAACUCUAGACUUUCUUUUUUUCUCUUAAUGUAACCUUUUUUAUUGUGUGUAUAAUUCACAAGUAAUAUGUGCAUGCUAUCUGGGUGUUGGAGGCAAAGGAGAUUGCCACUAAAGCUAAGUGAGGCAUAUGCCUGUAUGCAUGUAUUAAGAAAGCAGAUUACCUGAUCUGUGUGAAGGAAAUACCUGUUUACUUCUUGUGGAGGAUUUUAUCCAUGAAGCAUCCUUUCUAUACUCAAAUCCUCCAGUGUUUGAUUUCUUCCAAAAUACUUAAUUCCAAAGAAAAACAAGAAUUCUAUAGAUCAUUGCAUUACAAUAUACACGUAUAAAAUAGCACCAUGUGUUAAAAACUGAUGCCUUUCUAAAGUGUAAAUGCCCUGAGUUAUGUGCCAAGCUGAGCUAUGACUUCUUUGCUUUUGGUCUAAAAAAUACAUUUGUACAACUGAAGAGCUUCAUGACUAGUAGGUGAAAUAUUCAGAGGUCUACCUAAAAAUUUAUAAGCAGUUUAUGAUUUAGCAGUUCUGUGUAUGGAUGUGCCACUCUUCGUGAGUCAGCAUCUUGAAAAUAUACCUGUAUCUGCACAUAUGUAAAAUAGGCCAUUGUGAACAUUGUGGACAAUUAGGUGUCUAACGUGUUUCCUUGGCUUGGAUUUCAGUUAGUUAUGCUGGUGGUUAAAGUGAAUAAAAAAGAUAUUUCUGUUACCAUUCCAAUUUAAAGCUGCUUUUGUAGGAACAAAGAUAAGUAGUAAUACAUAGUAGAAUGAACUGUAGUAGAGAACAUACACUGAGACUCAAGAGAAAGAGAUUGAAAUAAUGUUCUGUUUUUAACAACUCGCUUGGGAAAACAUUUCUUUUUUCUUUUGAAUGUUUUUGUUUUACGAAAGAGUUUGUUGGUGACCCAGCAAGAAAUGUAAAAGUUCUUGGAAACCAUUUGGUGAAGGCUCAGCAAAAGACUAAACCCAAGUAUGCAGCGCGCCACUUGGUUCGUGUCUUGUUCCCCAAGAAAACUUUAUUGUGCAGCGUUAUGGGAGCGAGCGCACGAGGGCGCAGGACUCUGGAUCCAAACAAAAUUGCUGCAAUAAGAGAGUUUCUUGCAACUAACUUUCCAACCUAUGAUUUGAGCGAGCAUGGAAAAGACUGGAAAACCUGUAUCACAAAUGUCAAUGCCAUGAUCCGCUGCUUGCGCUCUGAAACCAAAGCAAACCCAGCAAGUUCUAAGGAGACAACUGAGGGGAAAGAAGAAGUGUCUGAUGCUCCUGAUACAUCUCAUUGUGUAGAUUUAAAUUAUAAUGAGGAUAUUGGAGUCAAUUUUCAAAACUCUCAGAAAAUGACCAGCUCCACAACUGACACAUUGCUGAAUUCAGGAUUGGAUAAGUUUCCAGAAGCUUUCCACACAUCUUCACUCAACAAACAUUCUUUGGAACCUAUGGAACCUCUUGGGAGCCCAUCACACAAUGUUCAGUUGCCUUUCUCAGUCAUUUACGUCGCUAAGGGGAAGACGCGGCCAGAGUUGUCAGCUCGCUAUCUAAUCCGUCAUAUGUUCCCUGAAGAUGUGCUGGUGAAAAGCAACGUGUAUGGUAGUCUUGAUCGUGGCAUGAGCCCACUGGAUUCCAAUAAAAUCAAUGCACUCAGAGACUUCCUUCAAGACAAUUUUCCAUCCUUUGAUCUCAAUGAAAGUGGAUUUGAUUGGAAGGCAUGCGUGGCUGCCAUGAACAGCUCAAUCCGCAGUCUCAGACAUGAGCUUAAAAAGGCGACAUCUGGAAUCCGCCACGGAGCCCUGGCAGUGCCACCCUCGAGUGCAGAGUCCCCCAGAGGAUCCCACUUCCGUAGAACCAAUGGAAGACAUCUCUCAGAUUGAAGCUCUCUAGCAUCUGUCUCAAAUCUUAAUUUAGCAGGUUUUUAUUAAUUCCAUGUAGAAACCUGUAAUAUUGAGCUGUCCUAUUCAACUGACUUGUCAGCAGCACUAAAUAGCAUCACUUCAUGAGACCAAAAUUAGCAGAAGGCUUGGGAGUCCUGACUCCUUGCAUAGGUAGCGUUUGUGCUCCUCACAAAUUAUUUUCACUGCUCCCUGUAGCAUUUGCAGUGUGCUCUCUCUGAAAAGCAUCUUCUUCUCAUGAUUCAUUGAAUCUGAAAGAUUAAUCUGAUUAGAAAAGAUGCACUGUGCAUCAGUACAGCAGAAGCAGAUGGAAAAGAGGAGAGGAAAGAGUGGUCCUCCUUAGAGGAUGAAUCAUAGACAGCUAAAUUAUCUCAUUAUAUGUGAGGAAUGAAAUUUGCUUUGACAAUUGGAUAUCUUCAGCAAAAAUACCAGAAAGGAAAAAAUAUUUUUAAUUGCAUUUAGUUAACUUGUAUCUGGACUUGAUGAUCUUCGAGGUCUUUUCCAACCUUAAUGAUUGUAUGAUCUCUCACAUUUUUGCCGCCUAUAUCAGUGUUUUUUGUAGGAUAAGAGGCAGACAACAAUACAAGUACAACUGGUAAUGUAUGGGGGAAUGAUGCCUUAAGUUUUAGCUUUCAUAUUUUCCAGAUUCUGUACUGUAUUAGUAUGUAACUCUG